CCAUCAGUCGGCGUAAGGAGACUGCAGUAGGUGGUGGCUUCGAGCAGACGCGUGCGUUUUGUGAGCUACCACGGUUGUCUUUGGUCGUGUUUUCUAACUAAUUUGUGCGUGUUUUUGUGUCGUUUGUGCUGCGUCGUCGACGAAGGUGGUUCACGGCAAAGGAAUGAGUGCCGAGGAAGAACCCAUGGAUGUGGGGGAACGUGCUGAAGCGAGUCCGGAACAGCCGGCAUCGGAAAAGUCGGGCGAAGAUGGUGGUGACGUUGAGGAAAGCCAGGAGAACACUAAGGAUGAGGACGAGGCUGAAGGUGUAGAUGAAGAUGUAGGGGAUACACGACCUUCUCUCGAGAAACUAACUCCACCACCAAUCAGCUCCCUCAAGGAUCUCAAAAAGGAUUCGGCCGAAUUCAACCAACGCGUUGAGAAAGAUCGCAGUAACCGAUUCGAUUAUCUUCUUCAACAAACGGAGAUUUUUUCUCAUUUUAUGCAGAACUCGCAGUCGGGCAAUAAAACUGCCAGUGGAAAGCCCAAAGGCAGGCCCAGAAAGACUCCAAAAGCACCUGAGGGAGACCAUCGUCAUCGUAUGACGGAACAAGAAGAGGACGAAGAGCUUUUGGCUACGUCGAAUGCCCAGGAGCCUUCAUUUGUGCGAUUCGACGAGAGCCCCAAAUACAUCACUGGCGGAGAGCUAAGAGAUUAUCAAAUUCGUGGACUCAACUGGAUGAUUUCCCUUUAUGAGAAUGGUAUUAAUGGUAUCCUAGCCGAUGAAAUGGGUCUCGGAAAAACACUCCAGACAAUCUCGCUGCUGGGUUACAUGAAACAUUUCCGUAAUAUUAACGGACCACAUAUGGUACUGGUUCCUAAGUCGACAUUAGCUAACUGGGAGGCGGAAUUCGCUCGUUGGUGUCCAUCUUUACGUACUGUUAUUCUGAUCGGUGAUCAGGAAUCACGUAACACACUUAUCCGUGAUGUUAUGAUGGCCGAGAAAUGGGACGUUCUUAUCACCACCUAUGAAAUGGUUAUUCGUGAGAAAGGCGUCCUUAAAAAGUUCAACUGGAGCUACCUCGUUAUUGACGAGGCUCACCGUAUCAAGAAUGAAAAAAGCAAACUUUCGGAAAUCGUGCGUGAAUUCAAGACAACAAAUCGUCUCCUGCUAACCGGUACUCCUUUGCAGAACAAUCUGCAUGAACUGUGGGCCUUGCUUAAUUUUCUGCUGCCUGAUGUGUUCAACUCAUCCGAAGAUUUUGACUCAUGGUUCAGUACCAAUUCCGUGUUCGGCGAUCAAACCCUAGUAGAACGACUCCAUGCUGUGCUACGACCUUUUCUUCUACGUCGUUUGAAAAGCGAAGUCGAAAAACGUUUACCACCAAAGAAGGAGGUGAAAAUCUACGUUGGCUUGAGUAAAAUGCAACGCGAAUGGUAUACAAAAUGUCUCAUGAAAGAUAUCGAUAUCGUGAACGGCGCCGGCAAAGUGGACAAGAUGCGUUUGCUUAACAUCCUCAUGCAGCUGCGGAAAUGUUGCAACCAUCCGUACUUGUUCGAUGGAGCAGAGCCCGGACCGCCUUUUACGACUGACGAACACCUGGUGUACAACUGCGGUAAGAUGGUUGUACUGGACAAACUUCUGCCCCGUCUAAAGGAGCAGGGUAGCCGCGUAUUGAUUUUCGCCCAGAUGACGCGUAUGUUGGACAUCUUAGAGGAUUACUGCUUCUGGCGCAAUUGGCAGUACUGCAGGUUGGACGGACAAACCCCACAUGAAGAGCGUACAAAGUCAAUUAAUGAUUACAACGCGCCAAACAGUGAAAAAUUCGUAUUCAUGUUGUCAACCCGUGCAGGUGGUCUAGGUAUCAAUCUGUAUACCGCCGACAUUGUCAUCUUGUACGACUCUGAUUGGAAUCCACAAGCCGAUUUGCAAGCUAUGGAUCGAGCCCAUCGUAUCGGUCAACUGAAGCCAGUCAAGGUAUUUCGAUUCGUCACUGAAAACACGAUCGAGGAGCGUAUUGUCGAAAAGGCCGAAGUCAAGCUUCGUCUAGAUAAGAUGGUCAUCCAACAAGGCCGUCUCGUUGACAAUACAAAUAAGCUUGGCAAAGACGAAAUGAUGAGUAUGAUUCGUCAUGGUGCCGAUCAUAUCUUUGCUUCUAAAGAAAGCGAAAUUACGGACGAAGAUAUUGAUGCUAUCUUGUUGAAAGCUGAAAAGAAGACCGAAGAAGAAAACAAGAGGUACGAGCAGAUGGGUGAAAGUUCAUUGCGUAAUUUCACCAUGGACACUUCUGAAGGUAAACAAUAUUCUGUAUACAACUUUGAAGGUGAAGACUUCCGUGAGAAAGGAAAGAACGCUGGGCUCAAUUGGAUCGAACCACCGAAACGGGAGCGACGCGCUAAUUAUCAGGUAGACGCAUAUUUCCGUGAGGCACUGAGGGUAUCUGAACCCAAAGCACCAAAAGCUCCUCGACCACCAAAGCAACCGAAUGUUCAGGAUUUCCAAUUCUUUCCACCACGGCUAUUCGAACUGCUUGACAAAGAAAUUUAUCACUUCCGUAAAACCAUCGACUACAAAGUGGCGAAGAAUCCUGAUUUGGGUGCGGAUGCGCGCCGGGCUCAGCAGGAAGAACAGGCAAAAAUUGAUGAGGCCGAGCCAUUAACUGAAGAGGAAGUGGCCGAGAAGGAACGCCUUCUUACCGAAGGAUUCACCAAUUGGAGCCGAAGGGAUUUCAAUCAAUUCGUUAAGGCAAAUGAAAAAUUCGGCCGAGAGGACAUCGAAAGCAUCUCACGCGAUGUCGAGGGUAAAACACCAGAAGAGGUUGUCGAAUAUUCCCAGGUCUUCUGGGAUCGCUGCCAAGAAUUACAGGAUAUUGAGAAGAUUAUGGCGCAAAUAGAGAAGGGCGAGGCUCGUAUCCAGCGUCGAGCAGGUAUUAAACGAGCUCUCGAUUCGAAAAUGUCUCGCUAUCGCGCGCCGUUCCACCAGUUGCGCAUUGCUUACGGCUCAAACAAGGGCAAGAACUACACCGAGGAAGAAGAUCGUUUCCUGGUUUGCAUGAUACAUAAGCUGGGUUUUGAUCGGACGGACAACGUCUAUGACGAACUCCGAGCCGCAGUGCGUCAAGCGCCACAAUUCCGUUUCGACUGGUUCAUCAAGAGUCGUACGGCUACUGAACUCCAGCGACGGUGCAACACGUUAAUUACAUUGAUCGAACGUGAAAACCAGGAACUAGAGGAAAAGGAGAAGAACGAAGGAGGCAAGAAGCGGGAUAACUCGAGCAAGGGCAGGCCAUCGAAUGGCACAACUAACCAGGGUGGACAAGGCACCCCCAAGCCACAGAAAAGGUCAAGCGGCGCCGUUGGAUCCACAGACUCGAAGUCGAAGAAACCUCGAAACAAAUGAGUAAGCUUGAAAACAAACGGCAUGAGGCACGUUAAAACCGUAGUUUGCAACGUUUGAAGCCAUUUUCCACCGCAAGCUCGAGCGGACCGCUAUAUAGGGCUGUGACGGAUGAACUCGGCGAAGCGAUGUGGCGUGGAGAAAAGCAGCAGAACUAGAAAACUUUUUUGUUUACUUUUCACACAUGGAACUGAAUUUGACUGAUUGAUAAUCAUGUAGUUUAGGUUCUGCUCGCGUAAAUUACAUUGUGACAUUCUUCCUAAUAUAUAUAUAUAUAUAUAUAUAUAUAUAUAUAUAUUGCUUCUACUGUAAAUAGAUGACAAUAGUACAUGAAAAAAAUGAUGUAGUCUUAACGACAGAUAGCCACUGAUAAAGAAAGAUAAAGAGCGGCGAAAUAAAGUAAAAAAGAGCUACAGGUUCAAGAGCACAACUGCUGGGCAUUGUAACCGCUGUGGCUAGCCAGCUGCCGUUAGAAAACACAUAAGUGGAGUGUAAGCGGUAAAGCGCGCAGCUAAAAAAAAGCUUUACCGUACUUCGUGUUCACGAUCUGCCGUUAAGUGUGUGCAGAGGAAUAAAAUGCCUCUACCUGAAGUGAAACGUAGAAAAUGAGGAUAAACGAUAAUAAGUGAACUUACGACGUUUAGGUAGCUGUAAUGGUGCACGUACUCAUGCACUAGGAGAUCAUAUAAGCUAUAAAUAAUACUAACUAUUAUAACAAUUGUAGAACAUAAUUAUAAAUUAUCUUUAUUUUAAUGAAGAUAUCUGUUUAUUCAGCGACGAGCCUUGAAUAUUAAUGUCAAGUAAUCCGUUCGUUCGAAUCGACUCAGCGCCUUCGUUUCUCAAAAACUGAAAAUGGAUGGAAGUCAAAAGUGCAACAGUUUACGCAAUGUAUGGCCAUACAAGCAUCGAUCCCAAACAAAUUCGAAUGAUAUUCCGAAUGCCGAUAGCAUGAGGCCUAAUUAAAUUUUCCAGUUUAUUUAGCUCGACGCUAUUAUGCAUUCGUAGUGUUCACUUUUGUUUCAAAUUUCUAGUAAAAAUUAAGUACGAGGAAAAGGAUUAAAUUUUGCUACUUCGUUUAGACCCAUCUGGCAUGAAUUGCUAUCUAUAAUAAUACGAGAUCCGAAUUUAAGGCUUUUUAAGAUUGCUGUGUUUGAAAAUAGGUUAUUUUUUUUUAAUGAUGAUCUGGUAUCACAAUACACAUCAAAACGAUCUAUAAUAGUAUAUAUUGUACAUAUGCAUUGCUUCUUGAGAUCCAGCGUUUUUGUCAUUAAGAUCCACUCCCGCAUUCACAAUUGACCUCUGUUAAAAUUUAAGAACAUCAGGAAAUGCGACGUUGUUGGAUACACUUAGGUAAUAAUGUCUGGCCUUGGACGACAUUUACACCAGGGAAUAUACUGAUACUAAUAUGAUAAUAAAAUUUGUCAGUUUCGUCACAAAAAACUUUUUUCACUUGGAUUCUGGGAGUUGUUGUUUCGCACUUUGCAGCUUUAGUGAGAGGGAGCAUCCGUUAGAUGGACUUAUGAAGUAAUUUGUUUUCGGUUACCAGUAAAUAAACAAAGACGAAUAGAAAUCAUUUAGAGGAAGUCUGCAGCAUACGCUAUUAUAGGUGCAGAGAAAACUGCCAAGUCAAGUUUUUC